AGACGGGUUUGUCGACUGUAAAAAGGUCAUGAACCUGAGGAUGGAGCUGACAGCAGGUGGUUCCUGUGCAGGGUUCACCAGUGAGGAGAAAGACCCGGAGGAAUUCCUCAAUGUCAUCAUGCAGCACGUGCUUGGCCUGGAGCCAUUACUCAAACUCAGGUCAGCAGGCCACAAGGAGCAGGAGUGUUACUGCCAUCAGAUCUUCAUCGACCAGGAUGAUGACCUGACCGUUCCCACAGUACAGCAACUGGUGGAGCAUUCCUUCCACAGUAACCAGCUCAAACUGGCUGAG